AUGUGUGACAUGGGGGGAUUGGAUAACCUGGUGGCCAACACGGCCUACCUGAAAGCCCAGGGUGGCGACGACAAGGAGAUGAAAAAGCGUCGUCGGAGUUUGUCACUGCCCCCAGCCGAGCAGUGUGCCACCAUCCGGACUACCAUUGAUAAGAACUUUGAGUCGCUCUGUGAGAGGCAGCCAAUCGGCAAGAAGUUCUUUCGGCAGUUCCUGACUGCUACCCCAGAGUACAUCAAUGCCACUGAGUACCUGGACGAGCUGAAUGACUGGGAUCUGGCGGAAGGCGCUGACAAGGACAAGCAGAGGGCGAACAUGAUGAAAAAGUUUUGCAAGGCCGACUCCAAUAACUUUCUGACCUACCUCACCGGGGAGGUAGCCGACAAGUGUAAGGCAGUGACGGACAAUGACUUUGACGAAGUGAUGAAUGUCAAGGUGAAGGAAGCCACACGGGAGUUUCUGAAAGACAAGCCCUUCACGGACUACCAAACUAGCCCCUUCUUUGACAAAUUCCUGCAGUGGAAGGAGUACGAGAAGCAGCCCAUCAGUGAUAAAACCUUUUAUGAGUUCAGAACUCUGGGUAAGGGAGGUUUCGGAGAGGUAUGUGCCGUACAGGUGAAGAACACAGGCCAGAUGUAUGCCUCCAAGAAGCUGUGCAAGAAGCGCCUGAAGAAGAAACAUGGUGAGAAGAUGGCCCUGCUGGAGAAGCAGAUCCUGGAAAAGGUCAACAGUCUGUUUCUUGUCAACCUGGCCUACGCCUAUGACACCAAGACCCACCUGUGCCUUGUCAUGACCCUGAUGAACGGCGGUGACCUCAGGUACCACAUCUAUUACGUCAGUGAGAAGACCAAGGGUAUUGAGAUGGCACGCAUCAUCUACUACACAGCGCAGAUCUGCACAGGCAUUCUUCAUCUGCAUGAAAUGGAUAUCAUAUAUCGUGACAUGAAGCCAGAGAACGUGCUGCUGGACAGCUUUGGCCAGUGCCGACUCUCUGAUCUGGGUCUGGCCGUGGAGCUACCUGCUGGAAAGACCAUCUCCCAGAAGGCUGGAACCGGAGCGUACAUGGCCCCUGAGAUCCUGAACGAAGUUCCCUACAGGACAUCGGUCGACUGGUGGGCGCUGGGCUGCAGUAUUUACGAGAUGGUGGCUGCCUACACCCCAUUCAAAGGUCCCGAAUCCGGGAAGCAGAAGGUGGAGAAGGAGGAGGUGCAACGGCGCAUCUGCAAAGAGGAACCCCCAUGGGAACACAAGAACUUUGACGCGCCCACCAAGGCCAUCAUCCAGGAGUUCCUCAAGAAGAAGACUGAUGAACGCCUGGGCUGCAAGGGAGGAGGUGAGGACCCCCGUAAGCACGAGUGGUUCAAGUCCAUCAACUUUCCUCGUCUGGAGGCUGGUUUGAUCGACCCCCCUUGGGUGCCCAAGCCCAACGUGGUCUAUGCCAAGGACACUGGCGACAUUGCUGAGUUCUCCGAGAUCAAGGGCAUUGUGUUCGACGCCAACGAUGAGAAGUUCUUCAAGGAGAUUGGCACGGGAGCCGUGGCCAUUCCGUGGCAACAGGAGAUGAUCGAUACGAACCUGUUUGACGAGCUGAACGACCCCAACAGGAAAGAGUGUGCUGGGGGUGAUGACGGGGAGGGGAAGUCUGGCACGUGCACAUUGCUGUGAGCAGUCAAACCUGGCACACAUAUACACCAAAACAUGGCACCAAUACAUCAACUGAUUCGCUCAUGUUCUGUAAAAUUCUUGUAAAACAUUACACACAGAAAUAAUUGAACACAAUGCACUGGAGAACAGCAGGAGACAGAGAUGAGGUAUCCUUCACUGGACUGGGUCGAUUGACAUUGAUUUUAGUAAUAUGUGUUGAAAGUUCCCUGAGCUUCCGAACACAUAGGAGAGUAAAGGUGGCUUUACCAAGACUGGUAUUGGUAGUCUCUUCAGAUUGCAGCUACUCCCAGAUGUUUCUCGUGAUGUUUAGUGCUCUUCUGGCCAACAGGGGUCGUAAGAUUAAAAUAUAACAAAUUCAUAUUGUGGAUAAAACAUUUUUUUUAUGAUUAAUGGAUAAACACAGGCCUCUGUUUACAUACAGCUUGCAUCCGAAAGAUUUGUGUAUGUAGACUGCAGUGCUAGCCCUAGGCCUGAAACCUAGGCAUUGGCCACAAUGGAGCACGGUAUGCUGAAUUUACUAGUUUGGGAAUAUGGUUGGGAUCUCAUUCUUGAUUGUGUUCCAUUAAUUGAAUUUGAUAGAGGCCACGUUUUUUCAACACCCCCCGUCCCCGUCCCCGUCCCGGUCUCGUCACCGUCCCCGUCCCGUCACUGUCCCGUCCCCGUCCCGUCCCGUCCCGUCCCGUCCCGUCCCCGUCACCAAGAUUAAUUUUGUCUCUCGAAAGGCAGAGGUGAUAACUUUUUUGGGGUCAAAUAUUUCAAGAGAUCAAUGUCUGUAUGGACACAUCACCUUUUUAGAAAUUCCACCUGGAAGCGAUCAAAAGCGAAUCAAUAAUAUUUCUACCAUCAGAAGUUAUUUCAAAACAAAAUGUGGCAGAGAUUUACUUACAGUGGGGAGAACAAGUAUUUGAUACACUGCCGA